GAGGGGGAGUGGGGGGAAGGAUUUAUUUGUCAGCCAUGUUGCUGAAGGCACACGCAGGCGACGGGAGCUUCGGGAUGGUCGGUUCUGGGGGUCCUCACCCGCCAUAUUAAUAAAGAGCCCGGGAGGGGUGAGCCCUGCACGCCCCCUCUCCACCGCCGAGCGCCCUGGGUCGGCUUCGUGCGUGCUCGGCUUGCAGGCUUGGGAGCGGGAAAUGCCGACCAAUUGCGCCGCGGCGGGCUGUGCAACCACCUACAACAAACACAUUAACAUCAGCUUCCACAGGUUUCCUUUGGAUCCUAAAAGAAGACAGGAAUGGAUUCGCCUGGUUCGGCGCAAAAAUUUUGUGCCAGGAAAACAUACUUUUCUUUGUUCAAAGCACUUUGAAGCCUCUUGUUUUGACCUAACAGGACAAACUCGACGACUUAAAAUGGAUGCUGUUCCAACCAUUUUUGAUUUUUGUACCCGUAUAAAGUCUAUGAAACUCAAGUCAAAGAAUCUUUUGAAGGAAAACAACAGUUGUACUCCAUCUGGACCAUCUAAUUUAAAAUCAAGCCUAAGUAAUCAACAAGUACUACUUGAACACAGUUAUGCCUUUAGGAAUCCAAUGGAAGCCAAAAGGAGGAUAAUUAAACUGGAAAAAGAAAUAGCAAACUUGAGGAGAAAAAUGAAAACUUGCCUACAGAAAGAACGUAGAGCAACUCAUAGAUGGAUUCAAGCCACAUGCUUGGUGAAGAAUUUAGAAGCUAAUAACCUGUUACCUAGGGGCACAUCAGAACACAUCUUACCAACUGCCUUAAAAAGUCUUCCCUUGGAGGAUUUCAAGAUUCUUGGACAAGAGCAGCAAGAUAAAACAUUGGCAGUCAUCUAAAUCUGACACAGAUGAAGGGCAGUGUCACUUAAGUUUAGCUUUGACAGGACUUGAUGUCCAUCUUUCAGUCUUUUUGGAGGCAAAGCUAUUUAAGGAAAUUAUUAAUAAAGUUUUAUUUGAAGUAACAUUACUGUACAGCUCAAGAAUACUUGAUUACAAAAUAAUCAAAACCUUUUUAUGAGACUUUAUUUGAAAAUUAUUGGAAGUGCCUUACAUUAGAUUUACAUGAACAGUUUUGCCAGGAAAUUAUGUUUGCAAAUUUUGUCUGUCUUUGUUUAAGCUAUUGUUGAAGAAUAACCUGUGACAAGUAAUAAGUGUAAUUUAUAUUAGAAAAAGAAUUCUUGUUGUAUACCAAAGUUAAGAAACUACAUUCUAAAUAAGAUUAGGACUUAACCAACAUUAAAUGGAACCUUCAAACUAUUGGACUUUGUACUAAUUAUGUUUUUAUUGGCACUGUGGUCUGAAAAAUUUAUAGAAGCCUGAGGUAGGGUCCUUUUACUUAAACUUGAUAUAUUUUGUUUUGUUUUGUUUUUAGCCAGCAAAAGUGAGAUUUUGGCCUUAUUCAUAAGAAUGUUAAGUUUUAAAAAUAGAUUGUAAAGUGUUUUGAGAGUAAUAUUUUAGAGUAUGUAAUGCCCUUGAAUUAUCAAAUUAGAUAAGGCCUCAAGAACCUCAGACUGAUAAAAAUUGGUAGCUGAUUAUAUUCGUCUCAUAAGAAAACAUGUAAAUUAUAUAAAUUUCAGGAUCUAGCUUUACCUUAAACAACAGAGAAACACAUAAAUCUAAAAAAAUACUACAUUUCAUGCUUCAAAAUGGAUGCAUUAGUAAGCAUGUGUUAGCAAGUUCUGCAUUAGCAACCACUCUACUACCAUAUGUGUUGAUGCUGAAAUUCUUUAAACUUUUUGUUUUCUUUCAUUUUUUAACAUUCUAGAUACAUUCUGUACCUCAGAAAUAAUGUGUCAGUGUGGUAGGCCUUUUUUCUCUCCUUCAUAAACCAGCAGUGAAAUUUAAUCAUAGAAACACCAUAUUAUAUCUUUAUAAUUCGUAACUUAAAACGGGAUCUGUCUUACACAUAAGCUUGUUUUUUAUUUCCUUUUUCAAUGAGUAAAAUAGAGCAACCAUAGUGCAUAUGGGAAAUGAAGUAUAGUUCUUAUAUGUCUGAUAAAGCUAUGCAAAUGCUAAUGAUUUUAUAAUAUUAACUUUAUAGUUGCCACAUGACUAUAAUAGUGUUUGCCUUAUUUCACCAAAUAUUUAAUAAAAAUUCUGUCCUUCAGACAGCUUUUGUCAAAUCAUAUAAAAGCUUAUUAGUGUAUAUCAAGUUAUUUAAUCCUAAUUAAAGCUUGGAUACUACCAAUGAAAGUAUAUUGGUAAUCAUAACUUGAUAUAAAUCUUUCCUGUAAAGUAACAGCUACUGUGAUAACAAAAAAGGGGGGGGUCAUUUAUCUUUUGCUUUGUCAACUAUUUGGAUUCCCCACCCCCUUUUAAAUUUUAUUUUAUUUGGAUUCUAGCAACACUAUUUUUACAGUAUUAGCACUGUUUUAAUAAGAAACGUUUCAAGCAAAUACAAAGAUCGGAAGAAACUGUCUUAGUUCUUGUAAGGCAUUUAUAACAUUUUAUGAAAAUCCUAUGGAUGAUAUUUCUUAGUCAUUUUAGUACUGGAUAUAGUUCUUUGAAAUUGUAAUUAUGUAUUUCUAAUAUGGUUUCAAAUAUAUUUUCAGUAGUAUAAAUUUGUUUGCAAAGAUCAACUGUAUCCGCAUAAGUCAAAAUUUAAGUUGGGCCAAUUAUUGUAGCAUAAACUGGUUUCCAAGAGAUUCGUGUAGUUCACCGCCGUACCCCAAAUAAAAAAGCAAACACUAUUUUAUCAAUUUAUCAAAGUUCCCAUUUAUAAUAAUUCUGUUGUAUAAUAUUUUUAAAAGCAUUAAAGCGUAAAAUACAACAGGAAUCCUAAAAUCUUCUGUUUCGUGAUAGAUUUCUUGUCAUUCUAACCAAAUACCAAACGUAAUCAGAACUGCAGUGAUUUUCCUCUGCUGGACACAAAGCAGAUCCUGAGUUCAUUCACGG